ACUAAUGCAAACCGCGACAUGGUAUUUAUUUUGAACGAAACAAAACAAAAAUGACAUUCACAAUAUUUACGUUUCAAAAUGGUACAUUCCUCUUAAAAUCGCAACAGAAAUGACCAACAAAUCGUGGAAAUCUUUUGAUUUGCUGCUCACUACACCGAGCCCGGCGAGGCUGAAGCUGAAUACAUCCUUUCACCGUGGGGGACCAACAGUGCAUAGUAGUUCUUCGCGGCACACAAUUUCACAACUCAAAACGAACACCUCGCCUUUCGAUGAACGACGGUCGACGACACUACGAACUGGACAGACCUAUGCAUCGGCAAGUGAAUACUCUCAGAUUGAAGAUGUCUCGUCGGGCGACGAAAAGAACGAAACGCCGACAGCGACCAGCGUAACCAUUUCUGCAUCGUCUGUAGAUUGUUCCGCACUUGACUCAAAGGAUGUGACUAUCUUUGGUAAAUCUCGUGCUGAUUCAGACAUCGAAGAUAUAUCUGAGCCCGAAGCCCAUACCAAAGAUACUCCGCUGGAAAUAUUGGAAACCUCGUCCGAUGAUUCCGACUGUGAAGCCAUCCAUUGCAAAAGGAACAAACGUCUUAAGCUGGAUUACGUAAACCGCAAGUCGCCUGGUUGUGGACGAAGGAUAACCGAUGAUAUUCUUAUGAUUGAAAAUGCUACUGAAAGGACGAUCAAUGCAGAACAAUCAUCCACGUGGACCAAAUCCAUAAUUGAAAACAACAGCCCAAAGAGUAUUAAAAGAACACCAAAACGAAGUUCUAUCUGGAAACGUCUGGACGAGUCCUUUAAAGACAUUCAUCCAGUGGAUGCCACCAAGAGCCCACCGAAUCGCAAGUGGAAGACACUGGAAGAUACAUUCCGUGAGAAUCCUCCGGCAGAAAUCGAAGCCGAUCUCACUCCAGAUAAUGUGCCACCUUCAAGAACAAAGGAAACAUCCAUUGAGCAAGUCUCCGAUACUUCAUUUUAUGACCCGACUUCGCUCAAUCAAUGGCCAUCGCGAAUAAAAUACCGUAAAGACUGCCCGGUGUCCCGCUUCAAUCAAAUUCUGCAAGAGAAUUCUUCGAUGCAAGCAUUCUGGCUCCACGAACGGCAGAUGAAUUUGUUGCCCGCCAAAGCGAAACCGGUUCAGAUCGAAACCAUUGCAAGGAUCUUUGGUCGCAUAGCAAUCAGCUACUACGAACCGGACCGGAACGAUCCUGACUCUAAAAUAGAACACAUCCUGUACGUGGAUCCAAGCGAGAAGCAAUUGAAAACUCUGAGGAAGGGCUCCAGGAUAGAAGUGGAAUAUGAUUUGGCGCCACACCAAUUGUCUAGGAGCAGGAUUGUCCAUCUCGGCGUAAGCAAGAUAAAGGCUGUUGACUGAUAGUUUUGAAAUAAACUCACCCGAUUAAUCUAUUUUAAAAAA